UGGAUAUGUUGUUUUGUUCGUUUUGUUUGUGACAAGUUUGUUUUGCUCCGUUCUCGACAUAUUCAUACGACACACGAAGCCAUUCACGCAGUAAUAGCCUCUAAUCGAUCUGUAUACGCAGUCUGCAUUGCAGUGCGCUGUGUUUCUCUUCAAGUGCAAGUGGCUCAUCGCCCGGUCUUUGAAUUUAAGCAGUGAAAUUUUAAAUCAGAAGUGAUAUCACCGCGGUGCAUUAAACUGAUAAAGAACACAUAUAAGACAGAAUGACACAAUCAGGAUACAAGAAAGGCGUUUUGGGAGGGCUCACGGGUUCCGAUUACCAAAUACACGUCCUGAUGUGGCUUUACGAAAGGGCUGCGCGUCGUAAAUAUGCUGAUUUUCGGCUGGCAUCCGAGAUGGAAGCUGCCGGGAAGUUCGACGAUGCAGUUCUAUCUUGGCGAGACGCAGAUGGAGAAGCUCAACCGAACUGGUUGUUCGUUCAGAUCAAACACCGACUGCGAGAGAAUUUGAGCCAGAGUAAUCUGCUUCCGACGGCGGAGGAAGAGAAACGGAAUGGCAGCUUCUCUCUCUAUAAAUAUCUUCUUACGUUUUGGAAUAUUGAAAGAAGUGAGGAGUUCUUGGGGAAGAAGCGUUACGUGAUUUUCACAAAUGGUACGAUUGGUGGGCAAGUGCAAGACUGGUUUGAAGAUGCCGCCGAAGAAGUGAACGAAAUAUUGAAAAUACCUACCGAAGAAGCAAGGCUGCUGACAAUGAAGUUCAACGAAAAGUUUUGCCAACAGCUUAUCGACUACGUGAACCAUGAUUUCGUUGAGCUGAUAACGACGAUGCGGGCUAUUUUUAUCGAUGAAAGCUCAGAUUUGAAAAUGGAUGUCUUCCAAAAGUAUAGAGCUGCGAUAUUACACAAGAUUCUGGUGGUUGAUAAGAAUUGUGUUAGAUUUGCACCGCGAUUCAUAAGAAAACGGGAACUAGAUACAUCAGAGCAGAUACUUCGAGAACAACUAUUGGGUAACAAUAGUACACUGCAUGAACUAACUGCGUUAUCAAUAACUAAUGAGGAAUUAAUUGAAAAUCUUUCAUUGAAGGUUGUCAAUGGUUGUCAACAUACACUUCCUCCUAUUAUGGAUCAAGAAAUUGUAAAGAACUUUUUUAGUAGUAUUGUGUUUGCGGUAAAUCAGCCAAGUGACGCAGUGCUCGAGCAUAUUAUCCGAAAUGAUCUUGCCUUCUGGUGUAAGUCACCUAUUAAGGACCAGUUCUCUCAUAAUUGCUGGACUACGCUAUGGUUCGCCAAAUUGGAAAAGUUGAUAAAAACGUGGUUGAAUGCAAAGGAAGGAACCUUCCUCGACCAUGAUGAACUGGAAAAGGAACUUCGAGAUGCACAACGUUCGUUUUCCAGUUCGAAAUAUGAUGUACGUACCGACAUUUUUAAAGCAAAAAUGCAAAACCUAUCAAUUGAGUAUAACGAUGUAGAACUACCACCAAUGAGCCAAACUCCUUUGGCAAUCAUAUCCAAUACUGAGGAAGGAUUGCUUACAAGAUUGAAAGUCUACCACGCACUAAAAAAUACUGAAUAUCGGUAUUUCACAUUUGAAGACAUGCAAGUUCCUGUUAUUUUGGAAUCACUACAUGAUAUUCUGGAUGACACGGUGUCAGACUCCUAUCUAAUACUUGAAGACACCAAUCAGAAUUCAGAAAUCCAAACAGAAUUACUUAAAAAAAUUCACCCUAGUAAUAUCAAGAAAAUGGUUCUCCUGACCCCUAGCCAAGAUCGAGCAAAUCGCUUCUUUGAAGGCAAUCAGUUCACUCAAGUGAACGAUAGUGAUGUCAACAUAACUCAUCUAACCGAAUCAAGCCGUACAAUACUUGAACAACGAGACGUUAUUUUUCAAGGCAAUCAGUUGGCUCUUAAAGACUUUCCAGUUUAUAGGUCGUGCAAGAGUUUCCUGAAAAACAAUUUUCUGGAGAAGCUCAUCCGAUCUGAAACGAUCGAUAUUGGGAUUGAUCUACCUAUAACCGAACGGUACAUACCACGUACCAUUACCAGCACUAAUCCAGAUGAUCUAAAGUUUGACUCUGCAAUUGUGGAAUACGGAUCAUCAAAAUCCUGCCAGAAUAAUACCUAUAGCGAGGAACAGUUCCUUGCAGAUAUUCCAGCUAUAUUUGAGAAGAGCAAAGUCGUUGUUCUGGCAUCGACCAUAGGUAUGGGCAAAUCGACGCUGUGGUCCCGUCUCGCAAUGUUGUCGAACAAGCUUAAUCCUCCUAGAUGGGUGGCUGUGAUAAAGCUUCAAAAUUGUAUAGAUAAGUUCAAAGGCGUACCCAUCAUAGAUGUGCUAACUGAUUGCAUCAAACUGUUGAAACAUUUGAUUCCUUUCAAAUCCACCUUCGACCGAGAUUUGUUUGCCACCUGUUUGAGUGAAAAUCCACAAAGCGUCUUUCUGUUUUUCGACGGCUUUGACGAACUUCCAUAUGAUGUGGCAAAUCGUGCUCUUCGGUUAUUCAAAGUGCUUCGUGAUAACGUGCGAUUAUUUAUCAACACUCGUGUACACCGACAAGAAAUGCUGGAAAAGGAACUAGACGUUAAAGCUUACUAUCUAACCCCAAUGAGUCAAACUAACCAAAAAGAUCUAUUCCGCAACUUGAUAGGCCUCAGCCGUUAUAAGGGACCACUAGAUGGCUUUCUGAAUGUUUUGACUGCCAAAAUACAGAGCAAAUCACUUGAACUGGCCAGCAAAUUCUUCGGUACGCCGCUGAUCAUCAAAAUGCUGGCUGAGAUCUACAAGCCAGAAGUAAAGCGUUACAUUCGAAAGAAAAUGACUAAAUUUCUCAGUUCAAUUGAUCUUGACUCUCUGAACAUUUUGCAAUUAUUCGAGAAAUUUGUGUAUGGCACAUUUCGUGAACGCUGCAUCGAAAAACUAAAGAUCAACGAAGAUAAUUUGUAUGUUCAGCAAAUGUUCGAUCCGGAAAGUUAUGUUUUCAAAGGAUUCGAAAAAUUGCAUAGCUUUCUCGGCUUUAUAAGCUUGGUGGAGUCAGAUAAACUGAGGAUCUUUGGUGAGCAGGGACAGUUCUUAGAAUUGCACCAGCAAGCUUCAAUCUUAGACUCUCCAAUUGUUACCAAAUACGUUGAGCAAAAGCCUUUCUUCAUCCACGCAUCAAUUGGUGAGCUUUAUGCUGCGAAAUGGCUGCUGCGGAACCUUCUUAGAAUGUCUUUGGAGCAGAUCACCGAAAGCUUCGCGAAAAAUCGACCUUCUCGGAACACACCCAAUAAGCGUGAAGCACAGGAUAUACGAGAUUUGUAUCAGCAGAUCCUAAGAGACCAACCAAGCGUAAGGAAAUUCUUUCUACUGCUGGUGCAGCAAGAUGCAAGCUGCAUAGAGAAAGUAGAACAGAUGUUCUGCUUUAUGCGUCCUUUUCCAUUGCUGUGGGCUUGCGAAGAAAAUAUUCAAAUCAUUGCAAAGAGGUUGAUCGAAGAAGACCCUAGCGUCAUCACAGAAGCAAUGGAGCAGAAGAGGAGCCCGUUGCACUACGUAGCUAUUCAGGAUGCUCACCAAAUUUGUACGCUGUUGCUUGAUCAUGGAGCCGAUCUCAAUGCAAUGAAUGUAUUUCAACAAGGAGCUCUCCAUGUAGCCUGCAUCAAUGGCUGUUGGAACGUUGCCACUUUGCUGAUAAAUCAUGGAGCAAAAAUUGACUGUCCUGAUCAAAACCUCUACACACCUCUUCAUUUUGCUUCCCAAGCAGGCCACACCAAAAUUGUCCAACUUUUACUUGAUAAUGACUGCAACAUUCAGUUGCAAACCAAAAAGAAAUGGAACGCACUGCACCUAGCGGCCUUCAAUAACCAACCCGAAAUAGUCUCACUGCUAUCGAACAGAAAUAUCCAGUUGAAAGUUGGAGCGGCCAAGAAUUGGUUGACGUUCUUUGGCCAUCUCGUUGCAAAGGGCUUCGUUGAAGUUACUAACAUCUUGGUUGCGUACGAAGUGCGAUCAAGCGAAAACGUCAACGAUACACUCGACUGGGCCGUUCGUAAUGACCAUGUAUCAAUCAUCCGAGCAUUAAACAACUCCGGUGUAAAGGUCGACUCCAAGGGUGAAAACUAUCGAAUAGCCUUGCGACAACGCAACCACAGCACUGCAGUGGAACUUCUGCGUCUAAGAUCAUCAACCGACAUCUACGAUCAUCCUUUACAUGCUGCCGCUGAAGCAGGUAGCAUUGAAUGUCUGAAGCUUCUACUUACUGAAGUCGACGCAGAGGUGAAUGCUGUGAAUAAAUCCAAAUUGACACCCGUAGACUUGGCCUUGAAGUUCUGCCACCCGGAUGCGAUUCAACUUUUGUUGGACCACCAUGCAACGCUUAAGAACAACUCUCUCCAUAUGGCUGUGAAGUCGAUCGAUUGCCUUAAAGUGCUACUUCAUCAUGGUGUACCUGUAGACACCCUCAACGAUACGAACAACACAGCGCUCCACGUUGCGGUGCUUCAGAAAAAUUUUCUCAGCGCUCGAUUACUACUCAAAAAUGGAGCAUCACCCCAAGCGAAAGGGAAUGACGGUAGAACGGCUCUGCACAUUGCCGCUUCGCAAAAUUUCUUCCAUUUGAUUCCAACUUUACUGAGUCAUCCCGCAUUUACGCAGAAAGAAAUCGUCGAACAGUACGUCAACGAUCAGGAUAAAAGAGGUCAAACGCCCAUGCACCUGGCGUGUGCCAAAGAUGGCAUCGAAGUUGCGGAAGAUCUGUUCAAAUCUGGAGCCCAACUGAAUAUUUUGAACAACCGCAAACAGGCUCCAAUCCACAUGGCAGCUAUUGAAGGCGCUUGGAAUACUUCGAUUUGGUUGAUACGUCAGAAAGCGAACUACGAUAUCGUCGAUGGGCAAGGAAUGAACCACCUUGAACUGGCAGCCGCUGGUGGACAUCUGCAGUAUGUUGAGAAUUUUCUAUCCUAUCUGCCUCCUACGGUGGGUGAAGUCGAUGUAACGAAUGCAAUCGAAAUUGCAAAACAAAAAGGACAUUUUCAGCUGGUCGAUAAGUUGAAGGCUUAUAAGCGCUGAAGCAGAUAUAAGCACAGUCAAUUGUAACAGAAUUUUACCCUUUUGGACUAAAACCACGUCAAAUGUAGUCCCUUUUAUCUUGCGAAUAAAUGUGUUAUCUAUUAGAAUUAGGUCACUUUUUUCCAGUUCGAAGUCCAGACCAUAGCGGGAAUGGUUUCCAAUACUCAAGAGAAGAGGGUUUCUUGUAUCGACGUGACCUCACUUUACAAAUAUCGUAUUUCUGAGUCACUCUGUGUCAAUAUGAUUUUGACUACCGUACUGUAAAACCUCUUUUUACGCUUCCUCUUUUUACGCCCUACAGGAGCGUAAAAAAGUAUCAAGCCUAUGAGGUAAAUUUGGAUUAGUUUCGGAGGUUGUAUUUACAUGAUCUACAGUCAAGGUCUUCGGAUCAAUCUUCGUAAAGGAGGCAGUUAUCGAAGAAUGAACAAAUUGUGUGACCUCUUCUUAGUAUAUGUUUGCAUUCCAAGUAGUUCUUCAUUCCCUGUUCUUCGUUAGAAGCGAGCAGUUCGUUUUUGCCUUUCUCGUAUAUAAAGUAUACGUAAAGGCUAUCCCAAGUAACAUUUCAAGUUUUAUUCCGCUCUAGGAAUGGUUUUCAAGAUCGAAUUACAAGAACUGUCAAUAAAACCCAUUACUACAGGAUUACCUUCUGAUGACCACUAUAAGUGUAAGAUAUGUCCAAAUGGCCCUCUCUAGAUUACCACUAUAAACCUCUUAUAAGAGUAUAUAAAAAUCCGUUUCAAGCCGCCCGCAAAAAAGGGAAUUUGGCUGCGGCAGCUGUCAAAAAUGUUGCUUUGAAAAAAGAGAAACAAAACCUUGCAAACAAAAAUAACAAACUAAUGUGUUGAUGAAAAUCAUGAUGAGGAUGAAUACAAAAUAAUACUAUUUCAAGUUUUUUUUUUUUAAAUAUACUUUCAUGGAAAUGAGGUGCGCGCUCGAUUUCAUGAUGAAAGCUAGUGCAAAAAUGAGAUUAAGCACUACGCGCCCGCAAAAUAAUAUAGUUUUGGGCAAUAAAUUUAAAAUUAUUAUAACAUCAAUAACGUAAAUCUUCACUGAAUUUAUUGAUAUUACACCCAAAUAUGUUUGUUUUUUUAUAGCUUUUACCAAAAACGUGUCAUUUGCGGCGAAAACACCGUCUAAUCAUAAAUUCCAGUGAUAAAUUUCACUGACUUGAAGAUGGUUCUCCAUUUCCAAUAUGGCCAUCAUAAAUUUCGAUCAGAAAAAUGUUGCUCUUAUUGAACACCAUUAUAAACCCUUUGCAAUGUAAAUAUUCUUAUUGGGGUUAUUCAUUUGACCACAUUAUGACCAAAAAUUAUGGCUUUGAUCAAGCUUUGAAAAUUUGA